AUCUAAAGCAAGAUAACCACAUCGGUUUACUAAACAGAAACAAACCACGCAUAACCAAUCUAAAUCUUGGUUCGGGGUUCUCAUCGUCUUCUUCAUCAACAUCUCAAAGCAAUAAACUUUAGGGUUUUAGAUUCUUUAGGGUUCUACUCCUCUCUCUAUCUCCCAGCUCUGCUCAUACUCUGUUUCGCUUCAUUGGUGUUUUUAUUCGUUACGACGUAAUAAGAAAGAUGAGUACUGAAGUUUCUACCUCGCCGACAAGCCUCAUCGGUCAGACCGUCGUUCCAGGUGAUGUUGUUCUUGAUUUGUCAAACAUGACUAACCAAACAAUCAAACUCGGCAGUGGUCUCCGUCAGGAUAAUGAUGCGAUAUCUGCUAUGAGAGCUGGGAAGUUUAGGUUCUCUAAGCCAAAUAAGUAUUGGGUGGAGAGUUCUCAUAAAAGGUAUAUACCUCGCCCUGAGGAUACAGUUCUUGGCAUUGUGGUUGAUUCUAAAUCAGAUAAUUUUUGGGUAGAUAUUAAAGGACCCCAAUUGGCUCUGCUCCCCGUGCUAGCAUUUGAAGGAGGAACAAGGAGGAAUAUACCCAAGUUUGAGGUAGGUACACUUCUAUAUGUUCGGGUUGUGAAGACAAACACAGGAAUGAACCCAGAGGUGUCCUGUACUGAUGCAAGUGGAAAGGCUGCAGGAUUUGGUCCCUUGAAAGAUGGUUUCAUGUUUGAAACUUCGACUGGUCUAUCAAGAAUGUUAUUAAGCUCACCAACUUGCCCAGUCCUCGAAGCUCUUGGAAAGAAACUCUCGUUCGAGACUGCAUUUGGCUUAAAUGGGAGAGUCUGGGUGCAUGCGGCUUCUCCUCGUGUAGUGAUUAUCGUUGCCAAUGCGUUGAUGAAUUCUGAAACUUUAAGCGGGACACAGCAAAGAAUCAUGGUAGAGAAAUUGCUGGAGAAAAUUUCAGAGUGAAAAUAUGCUUUGAUUCACAUCUCUGUGUUUGUAGUAUUUUGAUCCCUUUGUAUUGAAGUCGCUUACAAGUUAUACAACUCUUCCCCAUGCCUUUCUCCUAGUUCUAAAAUUCUCUC